AUGGCGGCUUUUCGAAAGCCGGUGUUGCUUGGUCUUCGGGACGCAGCAGUGCACGGCUGUCCCAAGGGACCCGGUGCCUGGACCGCUAGCAAGCUAGGCGGUGUCCCGGACGCUCUACCUGCUGUGGCAACUCCGAGGCCGGUGUGCGGACGCUGCGGACAGCUGCUCGCCCUGGCAGUUCAAGUGUACUGCCCACUGGAAGGCUCCCCCUUUCAUCGGCUGCUGUAUGUGUUUGCCUGCGCCCGCCCCAAUUGCGAGAGCGGCGGCAGGUAGGCCUGGAAGGUGUUCCGCUCCCAGUGCCUGCAGAUCCGAGAGAAAGAGGCUCAAGAUUCUCAGAAACAGGAACAUAGCCUUGUAACUGAGGACUGGUGUGAAGGUGCUGAUGACUGGGGGAGUGACAGUGAACAGACGCCUUUACCACAGGCUACUUUGGACUUUGGAAAUGAUUCAAACAGUGCCAAACCCACAGACUGGUCAGCUCAGCUCCAGAAUCUCAGCCUGCAGGAUGCUGGGCUAGGUGCUGCUCAUCACGGACCUCCUGGGGAAGAACUGCCCUUGCCUACGGUGCCACAGUUCCUGCCCUACUACAUCUGUGUUGUGGACGAGGAGGAUUAUGGGAACUUUGUCAAUCUAGAUCAUGCCCACAGCCUCCUGAGGGAGUAUCAGCAGAGAGAAGGCGUUGACAUGGAACAGCUGCUUUCCCAAAGUCUUUCUAGUGAUGGUGAUGAAAAAUAUGAAAAGACCAUGAUUAAAAAUGGAGAUAAGAUGUUUUACAAGUUUAUGAAGAGGAUUGCAGCUUGUCAGGAACAAAUCUUGAGGUAUUCCUGGAGCGGAGAACCACUCUUUUUGUCCUGCCCUACUCCAGACGUCAGCGAGCUGCCAGCCUGCCCCCACUGUGGAGGCCAACGGAUAUUUGAAUUUCAACUUAUGCCAGCACUGGUCAGCAUGCUCAGAAGUCCUCAUUUAGGUCUUUCUGUGGAAUUUGGAACAAUUAUAAUUUACACAUGUGAGAAAAGUUGCUGGCCUCAAAAUCAUCAGACUCCCAUGGAAGAAUUUUGUAUUAUACAAGAUGACCCAGAUGAAUUAUUAUUCAAGUAG